ACAUUUAAAACUUCCGUUGGAUACUGCUUUCAUUGCUACUACCAUGAAUUAUACUCCACAGAUUUUACUGGUGAUCUUGUUGAUUGUAUAUAAAUUAGAUUACAGUACGUCUUUGAGUUGCUACACUUGCGAAACUUGUCCAGACCCAUUUAACUCUUCAUAUCCACAAGUAAACAACCAAAGUGGAUGUGCAUGGUGUGCCAAGAUUACGCUUAAAAAGCGUCGUUCUCCAAUAAGACAAUGUGCAGACAGAUGUGACUAUUUAUAUUUUUGGAAAUCAUACUCCAAGUUCUCUUAUUAUUGUUGUAAUACUGACUAUUGUAAUAAAAGUAUAAAGAGUUAUGAAAUUCAUCAAAUACUAAUUAUGAUUGUUAUAACACUUGUUUGUUUCUAUAUUAAUAAAAAAUAAACGAAAAAAAACACAAAACAACGAACCUUACAAUUUGCCUAAAUCAAAUUCAUUCAUAACUUUAUCUUUAUAUAUUUAUUUAUAUUUGUGUGUAAAAAUGCUAUUUCAUUAUUUGUAGCUUAGAAAUCAUAUUUUAGUGUAUUGAAUCCUCUUUUGUAUUGAUGAUAAUACUUUAGAAACAAAAAAGAAACAUUUCAC